AUAAAAGUAAUCCGAACUUUUUUAUUUGAUUUGUCGUAUUUGUCUGAAUAUUAUAGGAUAAAUAUUAAUCGAAAGAUAAUAGUGAUAACGUGUUAAUGAGAGAGGAGGAUGAAAGAGGGAGAGAAAAAUUGUUAGAAAAAUGGCGCGUAGAGCGGAAAGAAAAAUAAGGAUCGCACGAUAUAGAAUUAGGUUUUAGACGAGAAGCGCAUGAACCGAACGGUUUGAGGAUAGGAUCGAGCAGGCAGGCAUAUUGUACUGGUAGUCAGUUCACUGGUGGUAGUCGUUCUCCGUCGAGCUUGAAGAAAGCACGUGUUACUUACUUACGUCAACGAAUCCACCAUCGGCACUACUACCAACAAAAGCAGCAUUGGGGUACCAGUAACAACACAUCAGUUGCGACAUCAUCUCUAGUCGUCACUACUAUUAACGAGAAGUAAAAGAAUCGUAGGCACCAUUGGGUGUUCUCUCUUCGUCUUUUAACCCUUUAUCCCCUUCAAUCAUCGAGACUCUAGUAUACACAUAUUCCGUGAUUCGAAAUAGAAGAGUAUUCGAAUUUCUAAUAUUACUAUCUUUCAGUAUUUCGAGUAAAGCGGUCCGCGCGACUUUAAGAUAGAGAUAGAAAGAGAGAGAGAGAAAGAAAAAGAGGCACGACGGCGAAGUUGUCGUCGUUAUUAUCAUUUUACUAUCACGAUGUUUCUCGCGUUUAUUCCUUUUCUUUGCACUAUCAUUGCUACCCAAGCUGAAAUUUUCACCAAUAGUUUCCUCGUUAAAAUGAGGCAACCGGCUGAACGAUAUUUGGCUGAUCAAAUUGCUGCUAGAAACGGAUUCGUCAAUCUUGGACCGAUCCUAGGAAGUCAAACGGAAUAUCAUUUCGUUCACAAAGCUCUUCCACAUGCUCGAAGUAAAAGAUCUGUACCACAUAUGCGACGUUUGAAGGUAGAUCCAUUGGUGCAUACAGCUGUUCAGCAACCUGGAUUUAAAAGAGUAAAACGAGGUUACAACACACUCACCGUGGAUAAUCUUGCAUCUUUGUACGAUAUUAAAAAUUCAGUGGAUUCAGCAAGUAGAAAUCCUACCGAUCCUUACUUUCAAUAUCAAUGGUAUUUAAAAAACACUGGGCAAAAUGGUGGUAAACCUAAAUUGGAUCUCAACGUUGAAGCUGCCUGGGCUCAAGGGGUUACUGGGAAAAAUGUCACUACUGCAAUUAUGGAUGAUGGCGUUGACUACAUGCAUCCAGAUCUGAAGUAUAAUUAUAAUGCUAAAGCUUCUUACGACUUCAGCAGUAAUGAUCCAUAUCCGUAUCCGAGAUAUACGGACGAUUGGUUUAACAGCCAUGGUACCAGAUGUGCCGGCGAAGUUGCAGCAGCUCGAGAUAACGGAGUUUGCGGUGUUGGUGUGGCAUACGAUUCGAAGAUCGCCGGAAUACGGAUGCUGGAUCAGCCUUAUAUGACUGAUUUAAUCGAAGCAAAUAGUAUGGGCCACGAACCUGACUUGAUCGACAUUUAUAGUGCCUCUUGGGGACCAACGGAUGAUGGGAAGACCGUUGAUGGACCGCGAAAUGCGACCAUGAGGGCCAUCGUACGUGGGGUUAACGAGGGUAGACAAGGUUUAGGCAAUAUAUAUGUCUGGGCUUCUGGAGAUGGUGGUGAACAGGACGACUGUAAUUGCGAUGGAUACGCAGCGAGUAUGUGGACUGUGAGCAUAAACAGUGCUAUUAACGAUGGUCAAAACGCUCAUUAUGACGAAAGUUGUUCCAGUACGUUAGCUUCCACCUUUAGUAAUGGCGCCAAAGAUCCAAACACUGGUGUGGCUACAACCGAUCUUUAUGGGAAAUGUACAACGACUCAUAGUGGAACAUCAGCUGCGGCGCCGGAAGCUGCUGGAGUGUUUGCUCUUGCUCUCGAAGCCAAUUCACAGUUGACUUGGAGGGACAUUCAACACUUAACGGUAUUGACUUCGAAAAGGAAUUCGUUGUUCGAUGCUAAAGGAAGAUUUCAUUGGACUAUGAACGGUGUUGGACUAGAAUUUAAUCAUCUUUUUGGUUAUGGUGUUCUUGAUGCAGGCGCAAUGGUGGCUUUGGCAAAAAAAUGGAAAACUGUACCACCUAGGUAUCACUGUGAAGCUGGUUCUGUCAUCGAAUCACAGGAAGUUACCAGUGAACGUUCCCUUCUGUUGAAAAUCAAGACCGACGCUUGUGCUGGCACGGAAUAUGCUGUUAACUACUUAGAACACGUUCAAGCCGUUAUUUCCGUAAAUGCAACUCGUCGAGGAGAUCUCGAAUUGUUUCUAACUUCACCGAUGGGAACUAGGUCAAUGAUAUUAAGUCGUAGAAUUAAUGACGACGAUCGCAGAGAUGGAUUUACGAAAUGGCCGUUUAUGACAACUCAUACUUGGGGCGAAUAUCCUCAAGGAACUUGGUCAUUAGAGGUUAGUUUAAAUUCACAAGUACCACAGCACGGUUGGAUUAGAGAAUGGACAUUGAUGUUACAUGGUACUAGAGAGCCACCAUACACUGGGUUACCAGCUGCAGAUCCGUAUUCAAAAUUGGCAAUCGUGAAAAAGGCUCACGAGGAACGUUCAAGCGCGAUGUAACGAUAAACGACCGACAUUCAUAAUGGCUGCUCAAUCUUGAAAAUGUUUACGCGAAAUAAAUUUAUAAUUUUAUUGAUUAUUCUUUUAUUUUUGCGUUCGUGUGUUCGUGUAUGUGCGCGCGUGCUACUGAGCAUCAAUUAUUCCUUUAUUUCAUUUCAUGUAUAUCCACUUUCAUUUAUUUCAAGCUUGCAAAAUGAAAGAAUGAAACAGCUUUUUUUAUUAUCAUUUCAAUCGCACGAACAUUUUCUGGAGUUAAAUUUAAAAGAGAAUUUUCAAUCAUAAAAAAACCCCAAUGAAACAUUCGACGAACGAGAAAUAAUAAAUUAAACGAAACAAAAAAUAUAAAAAAAAAGGAAGAAAAAAAACCAAUGAUUCACUUAUUAAAUGUACACACGAAAUAUGGGGAAUAGAUUUAUGAAACGUUAAAAGUAACUACAACAAAAGCAGCAACAAUAAUAAAAAUUAUAAUACUAUUACUACUGUUACUAAAAAUAAAAUUAACGCAAAAGAAAAUAUACACAUAUAUAUGUCAGAAACGCGCGUUUUUGGCUACUACGAAAGAAAUAAAAUAUAUAUUAAGAAUGAUUGAGAAUUAUAAAUAAAGGAAAGAAAUGGAAAUUUUACGAAAAUCAAUAAUAAGUAUGUAAUAAUACAAUAAAAUUUGAUUUAUUCUAUUCCAACGUCGAACGAAUUUGAGCCUGACGCGCGUAGUAGUCUUUUUGGGAACAAUAAUAAUUUAUUGUGUAAAAGAAAGUCGUGCUCGUGUUAAAUCAACGAGCCCGUCCAACAAUUGUAGCAGAGAUAUUACAUUAAAUUCGUUCCUUAGCGGAGUUUCCUGACGUUUUUAAAGUCGAUUGUAAUGAUUAUGAGUGCGAGAAAUUACUGAGAGAAAGUUUGUAUGAUACAAUGAAUAAUAAAGACAGAAGAUCUUUGUUGGUCCAUGUGUGCCAAUGUUCGAGUUAUAAACUAAAUAAAAUUUUAAACAUUUUAACGAAGAAUAGCUUAGUUGUUUUUAUUCAAAUAAUCGCUGGCGAUUCAUUUAUCGAUAAGUUAAUUUGUUUAUUAAUUUAUUUUCACGAUUUCGAUACAUAAAAAAUGCUUUCUUGUAUUUUGUUUUUUAUUAAUUACUCGUAUAUUUAUAUAAGAUUAAAUAUAAAUAUAUCGUUGACAAAGGUUUCAGUAUCUUGCAGGUUAAAUACACGGAAUGAACCGUAUGUUGAACCUUAUACGGGCUACGUAUGUAUAUGAACUCAUAUAUGCGUUCAGUGAAAACACAUAUCGCUGUGGUUGAUUAGCACACAUAUAUAUGUUUAAAAAUUUAAAUUAAAUAAAAAUUCUGCUUUGGCAAUUUGAAAUGACUAUAGCAACGUCUGCAAAAGGGUUACAAAUUUCCUAAUUAAAAAGAUUACCUAUGGAAUACGUUUUACAUGCAUAUAAACAUCUUUUUAAAUUAUGCAAGAUUAAGAUAGAAUCCUUAGAAACCAUUACUAUACAGAAAAUUUUUAAAAUUAA